AUCAGGUAAGAGUAACAUUUUAUGGAAAUUCAUGUUGAGGAAACAUACAAAACAAACAAGCAUAAAGGUUUUCCACUGGCGCUUUCCAUAUCCUAUUUCUUUUUAUUCUCCCACAUCUCAUAAUAAAAGGCAGGGCCAUUGUUGCUGGCAGUGUAAUGUGACACCUGUUGUUCCUGCAGCUCCAGAAUACCAACCCACAGAUAAAUAUCUCACAAAACUAGUGCAGCCUAGGUCCCACCCACUGCCAGUUUCACCACAACACAGCAGUACAGAGAGCGCAGUCAAACUUACAAACUAAAUCAGACUUAUGCCAAGUCGACUGGAAGAGCACACACCACCAUGCGUACCCCAGCGGUCAUGAUUAUCGGGAUCGUUCUGGCCCCUUGCGGGUUGGUUUUGGAUCUCGUCUCUACUGUGGCCCCGAACUGGAGGGAGGUGAGGAACAUUAAGGGCGGGGCACAAGAUGAGGUGCUCCAACAGGGAAUCUGGGAUAUCUGUCAAGCAUUUGAUACUUCCCGUACUCUCAAAUGUGGCCAAACAGAUGAAGACUACUUUAAACAACAAGUCAUUACCUCAGCCAAGGGUCUGAUGAUUGCCUCGUUAAUCGUAACCAUGGCGGGGAUUGUGGUAGCGUCCCUAGGGAUCAGGUGCUGGGAAGAAACGCCGAACCUGUUGGUGGCUGGAUUAGGAGGUAUCUUGAUCUUCAUUUCAGGUAUCUUGUGUAUUAUUCCAAUCGCUUGGUACACCAGCCUCCUGAACACGAUCAACGCGUCGGGCUCGGAUAUUCGUGUGGGGUACUGCAUCGUCCUGGGAUAUAUCGGUAGCUGUUUCAUGUUCGUCGGUGGUGGGGCCUUGAUUAUUUGUUUGUUCCAGUUGUGCUUUAAAAAAAAGGAGCAACUGACCAACAGCCACUCCAACAAAUAUUACCACAAUAACCCAAGUUCAUCCAAAUCCGUUAUCAAGACAGUUGAUGCGCGUGAUUUUACCAGGCCCCAGCAGCCUACAUCCUUGAGAAGACCGAUUGAGGUCGGCGAUUUUACUGUUCCACCUGUAAAGCCUGCACCCAAAAAAACAGUUAACAUCACCGACUUCAGCACAAACGAACCGUGUGAUGCAGAUUUUUAACCUAACUUUCAUUUUCAUGUGGAAUAUUUUUUUUUUCUAUGAAGGAACAUGUGUUCAGAGAAAUGAUUGGAUGUAACACUUAACUGACAAAGGCCUUCGGGUCAACCAACUAAUGGAAAGGCACACAGUGGAGGUGAAUAUACUGUGUUUGCUUUUUCGUAGAAUUUGUACAACAGGACUUUCUUUUAACUGCACUUUCUUUUCUAACACAAGCGAACGAGCCCUCUGAAACAGUGGAUCCAUAUUGCGAAUUUGUAACCAUUUGUAAAGACACUAUGGUUCUUGGACGAUGAUGACUCUGAGAAGGAUAGAUGAAAAAAAAACAAUUGUAAUUAGUUCACUGUUAGUUUAUGAUUCCAUUGUCAUUUUUUUUUUAUAAACAAAGGCUUAUUUGACUUUUGAAGAGCGUCUACUAUACAAUAUUAAGAUACAAUACAGGCGGGUAUAAUCUGAUAAGGAGAUAAUUUAAUUGUAUUUUGUGUGUAAUAUGACAUUCAAACUGAGCAUUUUAGUACUGCCUGCACUGAAAAAGGUGUCUAUUGAUAGAAGCACAGUGCACACUCACACAGAGGAUUCUCAAAACCCAGCACUACUCCCUCUUUCAUGUUUGGAACUCAUUAUUUUACUUACAUUUGAUUUGUAAUCUUUAAAAGAUCAAUACAUUUGCAAUAGAAAUUAUAAAACAUAUCUUGUUUCAGAACGAUUUGAUUUUCAAAGAGCUAGAACAUGCACAAACUAAAAUAAAUGAUACAUUUUCAAAUUGCAUGUAGUUUAAAGAACAAUGUGUGGUGGGAUUAACACAUAAUAUAAUUAUUUAACCCAAAAAAUCCAAAAGAGAAUCAGGAACGUGGGCAUACACAGGUGAAAGUUCUGUUUUACAGCAACCUGACUUGUCUUCGUUUCAUGCUUUAGCUAUGGUUUUUCAUAUCAGGACUUAUGCUUUUAUAUUUUGAACACUUUUUUAGAGGAAAUUAGCAUUUUGUUGUUAUCUCGUACAUCUUAGAUAAGUUACUUACUUGCAUUAUUCCUAAUUACAAUAUAUCAUACAUUGAAGUAAAACUAAUUUUAAUGCCAUUAUCUUAAUAAAGGCGUUAGAUGGAAGAUUUGUCUGUUGUGGAGUAAGAGGCAUUUAUUGUGAAGGAAUGUUCAUCAUCAUCAUCAUCAUCAUCAUCAUUGUUUUUCUUAUUCCUGUAAGUAAAUGUGUCAGUAUCAUUUUAAAGCUGGGUUCUUUGACUAUAGGGCCGGAUGUCACAGAGACACAUAGAUUCCUGGGAUAAGGAAGUCAUUGAUUAGUCAACAGCACCAGUAUUAGAAACAAUGAUUGGGGAACAGAGCAAUAUAACACAGAAUCACUUGCUGACUGCUCAAGUACCCAUGCUGCUGAAAUAUGAAAAUGCUUCCCUACUUAAUGAUGUAAAGGUUACUGCAAAACAUGAACUGGCUGUAAAAUACAUUUUGCCUACAGUGAAUAUGUAAAAAAUAAAUGUUCUUUAAAUGUU